AUGGCGGGAGAUAUCCAGAAAAAAAUCGAGCAUGCCUGCGACAGGGUUUCAACUAACUUCGAUGCUCAGUUUUUCUUCCGCGCAAUCGCAGGAGAUAUCGUCUCUGCACACUAUUUCGGAGAGAACAUGAACCUCAUCGACAGACCCGAGUAUGCGCGCAACCUCUGGGAUGGCAUCGACACAAUGGUCAGACAGAUGUGGUACUCGAUUCAUAUUCCGUAUCUCGCGAGCGUCCUGGUAAACAUGCCGAUUUUCGUUCUCAAGAUCUCAUUUCCGGGAUUUGCGGGUCUGAUAGAGUUGUGUAUGCGACAAGCUGAAAAGGCUAUCGAACGAAAUAAAACCAAGUCUACUCCACUCAAGAAUCACAACAAUGCCACUUUCUUCGAUUUACUUAUGGCACCGUUGCCAGGGCAAGAAUCAAUCCAUCUUAGCCGAGAUGAUAUGGUCAAUCAUGGUCUAAACCUUGUUGGUGCAGGGGUAGACACAGUAUCACUCGCCAUGACAACCGCGCUCUAUCAUGUCCUUUCAUCCCCGGAGAUCCAACGUCAAGUGUACAAGGAGGCACAAGAAGCAACGCCUUUUGACCAACACCGUUUCGCGUCGUAUGGAUCGCUAACAAUCUUCCAGGCAGCCGUUAUCAAGGAAGCUUUGCGCAUGUAUCCCCCAGUCCCAGGUAGACUGCCACGCAUUGUCCCGCCACAAGGCGAAUCCUACGAUGGGAAAUUCAUACCGGGUGGUACGACUGUGUCAAUGUCCCCGUACACCAUCCACCGAGAUCCGGUACUGUUCCCAGAGCCGAAUGUCUUCAAGCCGGAGCGGUGGCUAGGUGACAACACACCUGAGCUGGAAAGGGCUAUCAUAGCAUUCGGCGGUGGAAGUCGCAUGUGUCCCGGAAUCCAUCUAGCGUAUCUUGAGAUGCAAAUGACUCUCACUACACUCUUUAGUCGAUUCGUCCUUGAACUUGAGAGUCCGCUUCCGAGCCCAGAGUUGGAUUGGAAAGAUCAUUUCGUCGUUGAUCUUGAUCAUCCAGUCAAAGUGAGAGUGCUGGCUGAUCACUGGACAAGUGAACAGGACCGUACAGGCCUGCCUAGUUGUUAA